UAACCAAAUUUUGUAUAUAUAGCCGUAAGUUUUGUAAAUAAAUCACUCAUUUCUGAUCCUACAGUCGAGUAUCAUUUAUCUCCUGUACCAAACUCUUACAAGUGGUGACCCCGAAAAGAAGAACACUAUCCUCAAGCAUACCAACGCUUGAAAGAAGAAGAAAAUUAGAAGAAAACUCACAGAAAAUAUUUCAAGAUGGAAAAUCCGACCGAAAAUCAAGCCGAAGCUUUGCCCGUACCUCAACAACCUGCAGCUGCGAGUGCUACGACUAGCAACGACGUCAAUUCCAUCGAUUUGGCCGCCAUCUCCGUGCAAUCUCGACUUCUACCAUUUUGGCGUGAAUACCCAGAUCUAUGGUUCAACCAAUUUGAAGCCCUCGUCCUGCCGAUGAAGACCAGCGACGACAACAAAUUCAGAUACGUCCUAGGCCAACUACAAGCUACUGAUUUACGACAUCUCACGGACAUAUUGUCGAGUCCCCCGCAAAAAGGAAAGUACGAAGCUGUCAAGACAAGAUUACUCUACGUGUACGGAAAAUCGCAAGUCACGAACUUCAAACAUCUUCUCAGCGAACUGGAACUGGGAGACCAAAAACCCAGUCAACUCCUACGACGAAUGCGGGAACUCGCCGGCAACAUGCUCACAGAAGACGGCAUCAAGAUCGAGUGGCUAAACAGAUUACCGCAGCAAGUGCGAGUUGUAUUAUCCGUCAACAAGGACUCACCGCUCGACGUACUCGCGGCGAUGGCCGACAAAAUGCUAGAAUACUCAUCGACCAGUACCAUCGCAGCUAUAGCAACAUCUCCGCCGACACAGUAUCAGCAUCAGCCGGGUCCAGCCCCCAGUACGUCAAACGAAAUAUUCAUGGCCACGCAAAUACAACUUAUGGCUAAACAAAUCGAAAAAUUAACACUCGAAGUCGCCGAGAUACGCCAAGGAAGACAGAGGCAGCACUAUCCUCGUCACUCUCGUUCCCGUUCAAGAUCGAUGAGACGGCAAUACAACCAUCAAACUAACAAAGAUGAAUGGUUAUGCCGCUAUCACUACAAGUUUGGAGAUCAAGCUCGACAAUGUAUAUCGCCGUGUGCAAGACGCAACAGAAAUUCGGAAAACUAGAGUUAACACCGACCGUGGCGGACGUCGGUGUUUCGUCUGCGAGCAACCGCCUAUGUGUCAUCGACCGCAACACCUCACAACGUUUCCUCGUCGACACUGGCGCUGAAAUCUCAGUCCUCGCUGCCUCAAGAAUACAGAAGUCGAAGCCAACACCGAAUACCUGCAAGCUCUAUGCCGCAAACAAUACGCCAAUCAAUACAUACGGCGAGAAGAAUCUACUACUAGACUUGGGCCUCCGUAGACCGUUCAGAUGGUCAUUCAUCGUAGCCGAUGUCAAGACGUCAAUACUCGGCGCAGAUUUCCUCCGUCACUACAAGCUACUCGUCGACUUACACCGAAAGAAGAUAAUCGACAGUGUCACUGAACUAGCUAUCAACGCGGUAUCAGUGACCACAUCUCAACCGUCGGUCCACAUCCUGAGUCACGAUCAAGUAUACCACGACAUUCUGCAACAAUAUCCAGAUGUACUCCGCCCGAUGUCUACAAAUUCGCCGAGCAAGC